AAAUCAGAUCCGUUUUUAUAUGAAUCCGGAAAAUCCAAAUUUUCUGUUCCAUUCUCUUCUCCUUGUCCCUCUCUCUUCCCAUUCUCUGAUUCUCCCGCUCAUCCCAACUCCGUCUUUCUUUCUCUUCCUCUGUUCAUCCUUCCAUUUUCUCUUCUUGUUCAUCUUGCCAAAACCGAUCCCACAUUGCUAAACAACAGAGCAAACAAAAGCAGAGAGUUACGGAGGCGCGACACCAGUUCUACUGACGCAUAGAAACCAAUCCUCCACCGGCCGGCGGCGAACUUCUGAUCAGCGGGCUAGUCUCUGUUUCUGCAGAAUAGAAAAAACAGGGGUUUUCAUUGCAAAAACAACUUUAGCUAGGGUCGUCGCAAAUGAUGUUGGUGACAGGAUUGCGGUGGCUAAAAAGGUCCAGACCGUUGCAAUAUCUAAGUACUGGUUUGGCAAAUAUACCAAAAACCCUCACUAUUACACGCCAAAAAGAGUUCACUCCUUUCUUCCCUCUACCCUGCCUCUCCCUCCAUCAUCGACAGCAAUGGCGGACGCCGACGGAGCCCCGCCGCGAUACUCAACUUCCACCGACCAGACUCGCACCACCUCCCGCACCACCAGCUGCUCCACCCAGACCACCACCACCACCGGCACGAUGGAUCCGGGCUCUCCUACCACCAAGCUCCUCAAAGCCGCCCUCCCGGCGCCGCCGGGAACCUACGUCAUCCAGAUUCCGAAGGACACGAUCUACAAGGUCCCACCGCCGGAGAACGCCAAGCGAUUCGAGCAGCUGACAAACAAGAACCCCGGCGGAGGACGCAGCCGCCGUUGCUGUGGCGGCGGAGCCCGCCUCUGGCUCUGUGCGUCCAUUUCCUUCUUCGCCGCCUUCCUCUUCCUCAUCGCCACCGCCGUCGGAGUCUUCUGCCUCGUCGUCCGGCCAGAAUCCCCCCGCUUCGUGAUCCAAUCGGCGUCGAUAAGCGGGUUCAACUCGGCGUCGGGGCCGAUCUCACCGAGAUUCGAACUCGCCGUCGCGGCUCAAAACAGGAACAAGAAGAUGGAGAUGCUCUACCAGCCUGAUAGCUCCGCCGCCGUGUAUUACAACGGGAUCGAGCUGGCGGCCGGCUCGAUCCCGGUUUUCGAGCAGGGGACGGAAAAGUCGACGAAUUUCAAGACGGUGUUGAAGGGGGAGGGGAUCGUGCUCACGGGCGCCGUCCGGAGGUCGUUGAGCGACGGUGAGAACAGAGGCGCGGUGCCGUUUCGGCUGACGGCGACGGCGCCGGUGAAGUUUAGAUUGGGGGCUGUGAAGUCGUGGACGGUUACCGUGAAAGUUGACUGUGAGUUGACGGUGGAUAAGCUAACGGCGAAAGCGAAGACUGUCUCGCAGAAAUGUGAUUCCACCGCCAAAAUCUGGUAGACGUUACCAAAAAAAGGAAGAAAAAAAAAAAAGAGUUAGGGAGUGUUUGGUUGUAGAAAUUAGACAUAAAAUUAAUUUAGGAGGAUGGGUUUAAUUAAUUAGUUUACCUCUCUUCCUUAAUUCUAAUUCAUUCUAAUUCUUUACCUUUCUCCUCUUUUCAUAUACAUACUCUUCGUUUUAUUUUUAAUUUUCUUUUACUUUUGUUCUUUGCUUUUGUGAGCAGGAAUGUUCAACAUUUAGAUUAAACGAGAGUGAGAAAUAUGAGUGGUUAAAAACUUGAUAUUGAAUUUGUAAUCCGGGAAAUGAUAAUUUGUUUCUGGACGGAUCACGAAAUUAGAUGUGUACGUUUACGAUGAAAUUGUAAAUGAUAUUUUUGGAUUCUAGCAUUGGAAG